GGACGGGCGCCCGAAGAAACAGUUUUCUGCAGAGAUGCAACAAGUAGCACCCGCAGCUCGCAGAGCGCCCUGCGCCGCCUGACUUGGCUGCGCGAAGCGAGUCUGCAGAGACCCAGGCCAGACACCGGACAAAGGGCGGAGGAGGGGCUGGACCGCGCAGCGGAGUCCCGAAAGAGGCCAUUUAGUGACUCUGGCCAGGCCAAAGGGAAUGCAGAGGAGACACAGAGCCGGCGGGCCAAGAGGACGAUCCGGCAGCUGCGCGCAGGGCGGGCGGCGAUGGAGGCUGCCCGCGCCGUGCGCUUCCUGCUCGUGGUGUGCGGCUGCCUGGCGCUCCCGCCCUGGGCCCAGCCCGUGUGCCCGGAGCGCUGCGACUGCCAGCACCCCCAGCACCUCCUGUGCACCAACAGGGGGCUCCGCGCCGUGCCCAAGACCAGCUCGCUGCCGAGCCCCCAGGACGUGCUCACCUACAGCCUGGGCGGCAACUUCAUAACCAACAUCACCGCUUUCGACUUCCACCGCCUGGGGCAGCUCAGACGGCUGGACCUGCAGUACAACCAGAUACGCUCCCUGCACCCCAAGACGUUCGAAAAGCUCUCGCGGCUGGAGGAGCUCUACCUGGGGAACAACCUCCUGCAGGCGCUCGCCCCGGGCACGCUGGCCCCGCUGCGCAAGCUGCGCAUCCUCUACGCCAACGGGAACGAGAUCGGCCGCCUGAGCCGAGGCUCCUUCGAGGGCCUGGAGAGCCUGGUCAAGCUGCGGCUAGACGGGAACGCCCUGGGGGCGCUGCCGGACGCGGUCUUCGCCCCUUUGGGCAACUUGCUCUAUCUUCAUCUGGAGUCCAACCGGAUCCGCUUUCUGGGCAAGAACGCCUUCGCCCAGCUGGGCAAGCUGCGCUUUCUCAACCUCUCUGCCAACGAGCUGCAGCCCUCCCUGCGCCACGCGGCCACCUUCGCCCCGCUGCGCGCCCUGUCCACGCUCAUCCUGUCGGCCAACAGCUUGCAGCACCUGGGGCCGCGCGUCUUCCAGCACCUGCCGCGCCUCGGCCUGCUCUCGCUCAGGGGCAACCAGCUCACGGACCUCGCGCCCGAGGCCUUUUGGGGGUUGGAGGCCCUGCGGGAGCUGCGCCUGGAGGGCAAUCGGCUGAGCCAGCUGCCCGUGGCGCUGCUGGAACCCCUGCGCAGCCUGGAAGCGCUGGACCUGAGCGGCAACGAGCUGUCCGCUCUGCACCCCGCUGUCUUUGGCCACCUGGGCCGGCUGCGCGAACUCAGCCUACGCGACAACGCGCUCAGCGCCCUCUCUGGGGACAUCUUCGCCGCCAGCCCUGCCCUCUACCGGCUGGACCUAGACGGCAACGGCUGGACCUGCGACUGCCGUCUGCGGGGCCUGAAGCGCUGGAUGGGCGACUGGCACUCUCAAGGCCGGCUUCUCACCGUCUUUGUGCAGUGUCGCCACCCCCCGGCCCUGCGGGGCAAGUACCUGGAUUACCUGGACGACCAACAGCUGCAGAACGGGUCUUGCGCCGAUCCCUCCCCCUCGGUUUCCCCGACCCACGAUGGCGAGCGGCGGCCCUUACCCACAGCCACGAGGGGGGAGAUGGCGCCCCCUGCAGGUGGCCUCGCGGAGGCGCCGCCGCCGCCGCCGCCGCAGCCGCUGGGCGGCGCGCGCUUCCGCCUGCUCUUCGACCGCUUCGGCCAGCAGCCCAAGUUCCACCGCUUCGUCUACCUGCCCGAGCGCAGCGACUCGGCCACGCUGCGCGAGCUGCGCGGGGACACCCCCUAUCUGGUGUGUGUGGAGGGCGUGCUGGGGGGCCGGGUGUGCCCGGUGGCCCCCCGGGACCACUGCGCCGGGCUGGUCACCCUGCCGGAGCCCGGGAGCCGCGGCGGCGUGGACUACCAGCUGCUGACCUUGGCCCUGCUGGCCGUCAACGCGCUGCUGGUGCUGCUGGCCUUGGCGGCCUGGGCGUCGCGCUGGCUGCGGAGGAAGCUGCGGGCCAGGAGGAAGGGCGGCGCCCCGGUCCACGUCCGCCACAUGUACUCCACCCGGCGGCCGCUGCGCUCCAUGGGCACCGGCGUGUCCGCCGACUUCUCGGGGUUCCAGUCGCACCGGCCGCGCACCACCGUGUGCGCGCUGAGCGAGGCGGACCUCAUCGAGUUCCCCUGCGACCGCUUCAUGGACAGCGGGGGCAGCGGCGGGGCGGGCAGCCUGAGGCGGGAGGACCAUCUCCUGCAGCGAUUUGCAGACUAGGUCCGGGCCUGCGGGGGCGCGGAGACCACGCACUGACCUUGAGGAGCCAGCUGUCCGUGGGGCCCUUCAACCCACCUCAGGGGAAGCUCUCAUUUUAUCAGACCGUCUCCUUCUGCCCUUUUGCGCUUUUGGCCAGGGAGGCCAAAGGGGACAGCCGGCCAAUUUGGCCCCCCCCCCCAUUCCCAGCACUCACUGGUGAAGUAAAUGGAUGGUACUUGGUGGUCAAGGCCACGAGCAGGGGGACGCAUGGAUGGCGGGGUCCGGAGGUGGGAGGCCUCUACGCGGAGACCUUGGCGAAGCUCUGAGAUUGCCUUUUGUGGCGUUGGAAUCCAGUAGCCCGACCCUCUUGGGGGUGGAAAUAGGGGGUUGUGCCCCCAACAUGUCCAGAAAGAGAUUUGGAUACAAACUUUUUAUUUGUUGAGUGUCAAAAAAAAAAAAAAAGUGUUUUGGUUCUAUUUAAGGAAAAAGGAAAUUAUUACCAUUACCAAGGAGGCUUGGCCAGGGCCUCCACAGGUCUGGAGGUUUCUGCCAAGAAGGGUGAUGUAAGCAGGUGGUCAAGGUUAACACAUUCACCGAGAAACUCUUUUAUGGUGGUUAAUAGAACAUUCAGGAUAACUUAACGUUUAAAUGAUUAGAGACGCUAUUUUUUGUUCAACAAUGUGAAGAGCUCUGACAUUUAACAAACUGACAAACUCAAGGACUAUUUUAGUUGAGCCGAGUGGUUCAGCAAUUUUCUUUUUAACAUUAACACCACAAGUAUGUCUGCUGACCUUGAGGUUAACUAAGAUUACACACGUUCUCUGGAGAAGGCUACGUGUGCAAGACUUCUCUGUCAGGGUUGCUCCUGUGGCUUUGUAAUUUUUAAACCUAUAGAUGGAAAAGGAAAUUUCAAUGCCAGACUUGAUCAAAGAAUGUACGUAAUGCGUAUUGACUGAUGACCCGUAGGGAACCCCAGUGUUCUAGUUUGCUUAGCGCAUCUCUGGCACUGUAUCCAUCCAGGCUGGAAAAAAUGCAGUGUGCUACUUUGCAUGUUUUUAUCAGUGACACGCAGCUGACUGUGCCCUACUUGUCCAGAGUUGCACAGCGAAGUGAUAAAGGUCAUUUCCUAAUAGGGGAGCAAAGGUGAUUGUCAGUUAAUAGUGUGUGUUUGGUCAUAUUACUGUCUCACUCCAUAUGAAAUAGUAGAAGGGAAGAAAUUAUUGGAAAAAAAUGUGAAAAAAUGUCCAUCGGUGGUUGUCUUUCUACUAAAACCAGAAGAUUGUUAUGAGUACUUAAACCUCACUGUGAAAUAAUUCUGUAUUUUGCAAGUUAGUCCCUCCACUACCCUGUGUUUUACGGUGUUAUUAAAUCUUAUCUUGUAGUUAAUAAUUGCAGUAUUUCUUUUCCAUGUUUUUGUGUUAAACUUAGGGUUAGGCUCCUUUAUUUUGCUGUUGUUUUCAAUUAUUUGAGAUACUUGCGUUUCCUGAUAUUUAUGAAGUACAUGUUUAUCACUAAAUGUAGUGCCUUGGUUUACAUUAAUGAUUUUGUAUGUGGUCUAAAAGUGUGGUCACCAAGAGGGUGUACACAGUUGCAUUUACUGUGGUUGUGGUUCACUGGCAGUGGGGUGUCGUGGAGGCCACUGCAUUGGUGCUGAGGCUAACAGUGCAUCUCCUGUGUAGGGCCUUAAGCCCCUGAGGGUCCUGAUGACUCAGGGAAUCUAUCACAGUCCAGGGGUCCUUCACCCCCAGUCCACCCCUUUUAUGUUUGGCCUCCACCGAGCCAGGCCUGCCCUUGUCCCCACAGCUGAGUGGAGAGCCAGGGAUCUAAAUGAACUGAUCUUUGUUUAUGUUCAGAUGAAUAAAUGUCCAGACCACUUAAAGUACAGCUGCUUUCCUGGCAAUCUUAUCCGUGGUGGGGCCAAAACUUAAUAAACCACAGGAAAUAGACUGUCCUUAGUUUGCUGCCAGAGCUCAUUUCAGAUUCCAAGUUUGCUGGUACAUGGGAGAGGUGUAGUUGUUUGCUCUUAUUGGCAACCUUUGGGCUAUUUUGCUCCUUUUCUGUUCCCAGCUUUUUUCAUCCAUCGAGCGAUUGCAUCUCUUAGCUGUUUCUCUUGCACAGCUGUGUAGUUUUGAGUCCCAUUGAAAGUCUGGAAAAGACCUCUGGUUUUCCCACGACCCACCCUGUUAACUGCAGAGCAUCCCUGAAAAUGCCUAAUGCCUGGAUCUAUGUAAAAACAGAUUGACUGGAGAGUCUUUCAGUGGGAAAUGAAUAAAUGCUAUCCAUUAUUAUGUUCAGUUAUGUCAAUAAAUCCACUUACUGGUAGAGAUGUUU